UAGCAGACCCCUCAGUUACCCGCGUAAUGGCUGCCGAGUCACUGGGCGGCAAGCCGUAAGACUGCUUUAAAUGGCGAAAAAUAAUUCCAAACCCACAUGUGAUCCAAACCCACUUCUUUCGUGCCAAGAUGUCCUUUCGGUACCAAGUUCAGGAGAUCUUUGCUUCUAUGCAUUGCCAGCCAAAGAGUGCGUAGAAGGCUGCUCGGACAGUCCACAUUGUUUUUCUUCUUCAGGGAGCUUGGACACAGAGGCCUUCUCUCUCUUAGUCAAGUGUUGUGUAGGUGGUGAGUUGUGCGUUGAGAUGGAGCCCCUCUGUGAAGCACGCCUGGCCUGUGAGGUCACAAACUUGCCAAAUCCUGAGUUUCCUACCAAGAAAGUGCCUGAGUCCUCCACUGGUGUGGAGACCGUUGGCAUGGUGUGUGAAGCACAAAGUGGAGGGGAGGCGGACCACAGCAGCAGCAGCAGCAGCAGCAGCAGCGGCGGCGGCUGCGGUGAGGGCGGGGGGCAGGCAGCUAGUGGAGCAGGAGUGGCCGCCCCGCCCGAGUCCCCGGCAGGUGGUGAGGGUGGCCGGGGGGCCGGAGCUGACCCCCUGCUGCCCCGCCGCCCCGCCAAGUCUUUGUCUGUGAUAUUCAGCUCCGUGUCGCCGGGCAGCCGCCCCGCCGGGGGGGAGCAGCCCCGGCUCCCGGGGCCCAGCCGUCCGUCCUUGACCACUGUCCCCGGGGCGGCGGCGGCCGCACACUCGCCCGCACCGGCCAGUCUCAACAUUCCUGGCCCCCGGGCCGCCACCUCCGCCGCCGGCCUCCUCCAGGGUAACGGCCCAAGCUUUAACCGGGCGCCCGGCCAGGCGGCCCCGCCGGGCCCCGGCCGGACCCACCCAAGUGCAACCUGCAACCAAUACGCUUCAUUUCCUACUUCAUCACCCGCGCCCCGGGCGGCCGGCCGGCCCGGGAAGUUUGGUUUUGCUUCCUUUCCCCGCGGGGCGGUGCGGGUGAACCAGUGGGGCAUUCCCCUCGGCCUGGGGCUGGCUGGGGGGGGGGAGAGCGCGGCCAACGGCUGGGGCGGCUCAGCCACACAGACAGCCAGCUGGGGCGGCUCUGGGGGCGGCCAGUCCAGCUCCCAGGGCCAGUGGGGGGGCGGCCCCAACCGGGGCGGCGGGGCCCCAAAUAGCUCCCCCGCCCAGGGCAGCGGCCUCAAGCCGACCCAGCAGGGCGGCGGCGGCCCCGGCCAGCAGCCAGGCUCACCCGCCGGCCAGCAGAACAACCAGGGCGGCGGCAGCGGCGGGGGCGGCAACCAACAGGGCGGCCCCGCGGGGCAGCAGCAGGCCCAGCAGGGUGGCGGCAGCAGCAGCGGCGGCAGCGGCAGUGGCGGCGGCAACAACACCUGGGCCCAGGCCGCCGGCAAGGGUCUGUCCGGCGGCGGUGGGGGCGGCGGGGGCGGCGGGGCAGGCGCCUCCGGGGACGCCCAGAAGCGCCACAUGGAGCAGCAGCUUCAGAGCAUCCGUGAGGCCCUGCUGAGCAGCGAGGGAUGGGGCGGCGAGAACGUCAACCAGGACACUGCCUGGGACCUGCCCGGCAGCCCGGAGCCCGCCAAGGACUCCGCCGCGGCGGCCGCCUCCAGCACCACCGCGCCGCACUUCAAGGUCAGUGUCAACAACGGCUGCGACCUCUGGGAGAACAACCUGAGGAACGGGGGGGUGGCGCCCCCCAAGGCCCAGCAGGCCCCCUGGGGCCACACGCCCACCAACAACUACGGCGGCACCUGGGGCGAGGACGACGACAACCAGGACUCUUCCAACGUGUGGAUGGGCGUGCCGGCCGCCAACCCUCACUGGGGGGCCGCCACGCCCAACCCGCCCAACAUGUGGGGCAGCGGCGGCGGCGGCGGCGGGGGCGGUGGUGGGGGAGGACCCCCGAAAAAGAACAUCGACUGGGCUGCCAACAACGCUGGCGGCAGCGGUGGCGGCUCCAGCAGCAGCGGCAACAGUGGCGGGGGCGGCGGCGGCGGCGGCUCCGGCGGCUGGGGGGAGCAUGGCCCACAGCGCUCUGCCAUUGAGAACCCCAGCAGUGACUGGGGCCCUGGUGGCCCCCACAAGCCUGCCCCCCAUGUGGGCCACUCUGGCGGCCCCCACUCUGGCCCCCACCCCGGACCCCACGGCGGCCCCCACUCCGGCCCCCACGGCGGCCCACACACCGGUUCACACUCUGGCCCCCACUCUGGCCCUCACAAUGGACCUCAUGGCGGCCCACACAAUGGCCCUCAUGGCGGCCCACACGGCGGCCCUCACUCCGGCCCCCACGGCGGCCCUCACACCGGGCCACACGGCGGCCCCCACACCGGCCCCCAUGGCAGCCUGACCCACGGCGUGCCACCUGGCGGCCCCAGCGGCCCCGCUCAGUGGAACGGCCCCAAGGACAUGAAGCCGGGCGGCCCCGGCGGCCCCAGUGGCUGGGAGGAGCCGUCCCCGCCAUCGCAGCGGCGCGAUGACGGCACGGCGGUCUGGGGCAACCCUAACAACCACCAGACAGUGUCGCGCUGGAAGGACAUGCCCACGCCCAACAUGAUGGCCAGGCCCGGCAUGCCAGGACCCCAGCAGGGGCGCAUGCCAGGACCACCAGUGCCCACCGGCAUCAGGCCAGACCAGCGGUGGGGACAGCAGGGCGACGGAUGUCUUCGUCGCAAUGGCAGCUGGAGUGACUCCCCGCACGACGCUGGCAGUGGCAUGUGGGUGGAGGAGCCCAAGUCUGGGGGGUGGGGCGAUCAGCCCAUCACCCCCCCGUCCUGGGGCACCAAGCCCAAGACCCCGACGGGUGGCCCCGGCGGCCCCGUGGGCUGGACGGAGCCUGAGAUGGACCUGCCGGGCUGGGGCGGACACCAGAACAAGAUGAGUGGUUACGCCCCACUACUAGACUUACGAGUCCAGAAAGCACUUAUUCCAGAGUCACACUUCUCCUUUGCUGUCCCUAAGGGUGUCACAAAAGACAUUAUCUACAACAGCAAGCAAUACCGUACACUCCUGGAGAUGGGGUAUAAGAAGGAGGACAUCGAGGCGGCCCUUCGGAACAACAAUAUGGCGCUUGACGAUUCCCUGAUGGAGCUCGGAAAUCGGGGCGUCGGGGGCAGCGCGGGUGAAGCUUGGCGGGGCUCGACGGGGCUAGAGGAACACGCCCCCUUCGACCUCAACAACCCCAAUUUCCAGCAGCGCUUCCCCCCUGGGCCACACCACCUCCCCUUCACCUCUGGGGGUGGGUCCGGUAACUCUCCCCACGUACGCCUCCUGAUGCAGCACAUCCAAAUGGCGGUCCAGGCCGGCUACCUCAACCCCCAGAUCCUGAACCAACCGCUGGCUCCCUCCACGCUGGUCCUGCUUAACACUAUGCUCAACCACAUCAAUGUCCUGCAGAAGUUCUCCCAGCAGCAGGCUCUCUGGCAGGCUCAGGCGCACCUCAACAAGAACUCAUCAACGACUCUCCUGCAGCUCAACAUCAACAUCACCAAGACCAAGCAGCAGAUUCAGAACUUGCAGAACCAGAUAGCCGCACAACAAGCUCUGUACGUCAAACAACAACAACAACAUCACCACCAGCAGCAGCUCCACUCCCACAUGUCCGCCGGUCCACCAGGAGCUCAACCGGACUUCUUCAACAAACCGAGUCUUCCAGAUCAGCUGUACGGAAGCUUCAACCAGAUGUCCAUCAACGACAACCCCGCCGCAGCCGCCGCAGCCGCCGCCGUGGGGUCUGGGACCCAGAGUCGCCUGCAUCACCAGUGGAAGCUUCCGUCCCCUGAAACAGACGACAGCGACUUCAUCCGUGCCCCGGGUGCCCCAGGGAAGCCCAGCAUGCCCCAGCCUCACCCGUCACCCAACCUGACCCCACUCCUAGGGACAUCCAGCAGCACCUGGUCCCUCAACCGCACCUCGGAGUCUGGCUGGCCGGAGAGCAACAGUGGCGGCAAUGACAACAGCCCCAGCGGUGUCGAGAAGGGGAUGCCCGCCAUGGACACAACACAGUGGGCAGCCUCGUCGCAGCCCAAUGUAACCGGCUCCUAUGGGCUCGAUAUUAAGCCCUUCGAACCUGGCAAACCCUGGCUGAUGAAGAAUAUCGAGGAUGACCCCAACAUCACCCCGGGGUCGGUCACACGCUCACCCCUGUCCCUCGGCAUCAAGGACUCAGACUUGCUCUCCUCCAUAAGCAAGACUCCCACAACCAACACAGUCUCGGACAUGACCAGCCACCUCCCUUCCCUCAGCCUCUCCUCGAACACAUGGAGCUUCAACCCCGGCCCUGGACACCACACGGCUAACUCACCCCUCUCCACUGACAGCAAGCUUGGCGGUGGCGGCGGCGGCUCCAGUGGCGGGAAAUCCGGUUCGGGAUGGAGUGAGUCCGCUCACGACGGCUCAACCACCCUGGCUUCAGAGCUCUGGGGCGCCCCGGGCAACAAGCUCCGGGGCCCUCCGCCGGGGCUCAUUGCCGGUAGUGUCCCAAAAAGUGGCGGGGUAGUGGGUGGCGGGAGCGGCGGUGGCGGCAGCGGCGGCGGUGCGUGGGGGGCCGCCCUUAGUCGCUCCACCUCCUGGUCGGGCGAUCAACACCGGAACAACCAAAACAGUGCCUUACAUUCGGCGGCGGCGGCUGCGGCGGCCUCUGGAGCCUGGACCAACAGCCAGCCGCCCUCCACCUGGCUCAUCCUUAAGAACCUGACCCCACAGAUUGACGGUUCGACCCUCAAGACACUGUGCAUGCAACACGGGCCGCUCAUCAACUUCUACCUGUCCCUCAAUCACGGCUUCGCUCUGGUCAACUACGGAUCGCGCGAAGAGGCUGCCAAGGCUCAGGGCAACCUCAAUAACUGUCUGCUGAGCAACACGACCAUCCUCGCUGAGUUCGCCAACGACAGCGACGUCAAGCAGGUCAUGGGUCAGCCUCACCAGGGUCAGGGCGCCCCUCCGACCCCCGCCCCGAACAACACCUCAUCCUGGGGCGGGUCAGGUCGCGGCUCAACCCCGACCUCACAGCCUUCCUCGGGGUCAAAGGUGGACUCCUGGGGGAACGGUGGCAGCGGGUCAAAUCUGUGGAGCACCAGCGGAGUUGUCGGGUCAGCGCUGUGGGGCGGAAGUAGCAUCAGCGAGGGUGACCAACAUCGCACGACCCCAUCCUCCCUUAAGCCAUAUCUCCCCGACGGACUCUUGACCUCAGAGCCUAUCUAAGGUGACCCGCCCCCACCCAGCAGGUCAGUCUUAGGUCAGUUCCGCAGCCUCGACCUGACCUAAUCGUAUCGGCAGUUUGUUGUUUUUUGACCUGGUGUGACCCGACUCGCCAUAGUGCAUCAUGGAAAGCUAGUCUUGGGUCAACCUUGUUUUGUGACCUUGUUCCGUUGACCCGACCUGACGUAGUUCAUCAUGGAAAGCUAGUCUGGGGUCAAUCUUAUUUUGUGACCUUCGUUGACCCGAUCCGACCUGACCUGAUUGUAUCCUGGCGGUAUCUCGGGUCAGAUGUAUUUUGUGACCUUUUUCGGUGACCUGGUGACCUCAUAACCCCUAACCAGUCACUCUGGGUCAGCUUCUGGUCACGUCUGUUUCCUUGGCGACAUGACCUGACCUGAUAUGACCUGACCCCUCAAUAGCCAGUCAGCCAGUCAGUCAGUCAGUCAGCUAGGGAACGUGACCUAGCACGACCUGCCCUAUACAAUGAACCUUUGACCCGUUGUAUGAAGUGGGGACAUGACCUGACCUGACCUUACAGAAUGACCUCAAGCAGUGCCAGUCAGUCAGUCAGUGAGGCUAUAAAAAGGUCACCAGGGUCAGAUUUUGGGUCACUAAGAGGUCAAACAAGUUCAGAUGUGAGUUUUUAUUAUUAUUAUUAUUAUUUUCAAUGCUGCCCCUCCCCCCCCCACCCCCUCAUCAUGCCCAAGGCCCCCCCCUCAUACACACAAACACACGUACACACACACACCUGCACAGUGGUCCACCCCCCAAAUAUUUAGUGUAUAUUUAAACUUUGGUCAAGACAAAUGCCUUAAAAAGACUGCAAUUUUAGCUCCAAGCAUACAUACACACAUACAUACACAUAUACAUACACAGAGACUCUUAAAGGAUAUGGAAAAUGACAUAGAGAUUUAUUAUGAUAUGGAUGGAUUUUGGAGUGUAUAAAGGAACAUUGCAAUACAGAAGAAGAAGGAGAAGAUUAUUAAAGUACAAGAAAAACAAGGAAAUUCAUAAGCGACAGAAGAAGAAGAAGAAGAAGAAGAGGACGUUUAAUUGACAGUACAAGAGAAAACAAGGAAAUUCAUAAGUGCCAGAAGAAGAAGAAGAAGACGUUUUUAUUGAUGGUACAAGAUAAAACAAGGAAAUUCAUAAGCGCCAGAAGAAGAAGAAGAAGAAGACGUUUGAUUGACAGUACAAGAUAAAAGAAGUAAAACCAUAAAUGACAGAAGAAUGAGGAGGAGGAGGAGAAGGAGCGCAAGGCAAUAAACGAACUAUGUAAACUAUAAACAAAAGAAUAAUGAUAUAGACGAAAGAAUAAGAGGAAGCAAAACAAAGGAAGCAUAAUCUAUAGACGAAACGAAGAAUACAAAGAAAACGACAAAAAACAGAGAAAAACAAACGAAAUGAAAAGUAUAAACGUCAGAAGUGAGAUUUCUAUAAAAAACAACAAAAAAGGAGGAAAACAUGAACGCAACGAGAACAAUAAAUGCCGUAAGAGUGAGAAAAAAAUCCAUAGACGUCGCGAAGAGUGAAAAUUCCAUGAAAAACGACAAAGAAAGAGAAAAACAUGGACAAAUUCAAGUCUAUAAAUGCCGUAAGAGUGAAAAACAAAAUCCAUAGACGUCGCGAAGAGUGAAAAUUCCAUGAAAAACGACAAAGAAAGAGAAAAACAUGGACGGAUACAAGUCAAUAAACGCCGUAAGAGUGAAAAACAAAAUCCAUAGACGUCGCGAAGAGUGAAAAUUCCAUGAAAAACGACAAAGAAAGAGAAAAACACGGACAAAUUCAAGUCUAUAAACGCCGUAAGAGUGAAAAACAAAAUCCAUAGACGUCGCGAGGUGGAGCUUAUUCUAAAAUACAGUUCGUGCUGUGACCUAUUAUACAAACUUAACUCCUAUAUAAUGGCAUGGAACCCUCUUCACUUACUGUAGCUAACUCAAGGUGCAAGCAAUUUAGGGCCCGGGUCAAGGGGUCGGGGUCACGGGUCACGGGUCAGAGGUCAAUCGCCUGCCCCCACCCCCCCCACAGCGCCGCCCCGCCCCGCCCCCGCCCCUUGCCCCACGCGACCCAUCCCUCAAAAAAUAAGCUGGUCCUAAUAUUUAAAAAUGCCAAUACGUCUAAGUCUGUUCUAUAGCAUGAAGCAAAUGUCUAUUAUUAUUAUUAUUAUUAUUAUUAUUAUUAUUAGGGUUGCUGUGCUUGAAGUUAUUAUUAUUAUUAUCAUUAUUAUUGUUACGUGCGGCGCAGUCUGUGUGUCUGUCUGUCUCGGCCCGUCGCAUAGGCUACAACUAUCACCAAAUGGUUAGGCUCAUAAGUUCUAUACAUAGGUAAUUACUUAGCUCUUAAGAGAUGAUACAGGUUAAGUCACAUAGUCUUAGGAGAGGUCAAAAAACAAGGUCGUUCGUGUAGACAGUUUCAUGUACGGUCGUGCGUCGAAUAGCGCGGUUCCCAGUAGCUCGGUUUUGCUUGGAUGUGGAUUUUGUUGGAUGAUUUUUAAGUUUUUUUUUAAUAUCCCAGUGAGCGGGAAAUUUAAAAAUCGUAAAAGAUGUUCCAUAAUGAUCCGUAUCAAACCGAAUCCGAUAUAUUGGAAACCGUACUAUUUGAGGGGCGAGAGUACAGCAGUAACGACACCAACAAAAUAUACAUAACUA